AUGUUCUCAAGCAUUUGGUACAAACAUUCGAAACCACCGAGGCAAUCUGCUGAACGAGUGGAUCCCGAGAUUGUACACCACGAAUUCAAAAUGCAUUUGAUGAACUAUCUUAGUGUGCUACAAGAUAUGCAUGCUAAUAUCAACGACUUGUCGGAAGAGAUACAAGAAACCCAGCGUCGGAAGCGGGACUUACGGGCUGAAGUGUAUGAGAUUCGAAAAAAGCAUGGAGAAGUUGGUACUCAGUUGAGUAGCUUGAGGCAAUCGUACCUGGACAGCAAGUAUAACCAUGAACAAUUCAUUAAGAACGCCGAUCAAUUGCGUAUUUUGAAGGAGCGUACCAAAGGAGAGGGACAGAACACUAUUGAUCUACACAGCGUCGUCGAAUUACAGGUAGCGGCAGUGAACAAAUUGGUGAAUCCAGUUUCAGGCAUUUAUUCGAAAUUGAGGAUGAUAAACAAUCAGCUAGAGAACAGGAGGAAUUAA